AUGCUCUCAUUCUCUGCAAGGAAAACAGAGAUGAGCGAGAGAGACAGAAAGGAGCUUGCUGUUUACAGUGGAACUUCCCUGCGGCCAGACCCACCAGAAUGGGGUUACAGUGACGGCGACAAGUUCCUCGUCCAUGGGAUUCGACACGUCAAAGCCUUCGCCACAUCCUCGGAAGUCACCCAUGUAUGCUCGAGCAGCGACCUUUACACCAGGGCUCGCAACGCCCGUCUCAUCAUGAGCAACACCAUUCCAGACAUGGUUUCCCAGGCGGUGAAGCCUUACUGCAUUUGGUAUCCCGAUGUUGCCACCGAGAACACCUAUCGCGAGAUCGUCCGCCGUUACCCGGAGAUGCGCUAUCAAGUCGGCCGAGCCUGUGCCGUCGCAGGAUACAAAACGCUUUACGACGAGCUCGACUUGCUACCAGAUGUCUCGAUUGCCGAAGAAGCCCGGGACAACGGCCACGCCGAUAUCUUCGAGGCCAUUGUUGCUCAACCUGUGCGGUAUGCCGUUAUGAACGACUACACGCGAUCCGUUGAUCUGCAAAACCCACGGCCGGGAGCUUGUCUCAACGGAGACGCCGCUGUUCGAUCUUCGCUGCGACCCCAUGCAACCGCUGAAGAGGUCGAAGCCGCCUCCAAAGACGAAUUCGCGUUGCGCUACUGGCCCCACCACUACUUUGACAUUCAAGAAGACGCCAAUGCCUGUAUGUUCACGUGGCCCUACCCUGGAAGCGCCUCCUUACGAGACGGGGACAUCGACCUGCUGCACAAGCCCCUUCCCAGAGAUUUGCCUCCACUCAACAAAGACAUCUUGAUCCUCAUGGCCGCCUGGGACGGCAACAUCGACAGAUAUGCUCGCCUGCGACGCCCAGUCACCAUCCCGAACGAGAUCACGGCUGUUGUGCGCGGAGCCUACCACCACACGCCGUUCGCGCGGUGGCUCGAAACAUGCGUCGACGACAUCUUCCCCCGCGGCGACGGCAACACCACUCUUCGGCAAGCAUUCCACGCAAGAUUCAUCAUGAACGACGACCUCUCCCGCAUCGAUAGCGAGAUCCAUGGUGAAACUCUUCCCGAGCUUUUCUGGUGGCCUCACUGUCCGCAAAAGGAGACCUUGCGCGAGCUGGCGUGGCGCCGACCUGACUUUCAACACCAAGUCACACUCGCCUGCAUCGCCGGGAACUAUCGAGAUCUUUUCCUAGGAAUUUAUGACGGCAUGAAGCCGACAGAACAACAGCUGGACGCAGCGAUUGUGUCCCCAAAUAAGUUCUAUCGGGAACAUCUCCAGCAACGUGCCAAAGAAGAGGGGAUCCAACUGAGUCCGUUUGAGAUUUCUGACGGGUGGUGCGAAAAGGGGUGGCCCUCUGAGGAGCAUUGGACCAAGGAUUACCUCCGACCGAACAAGGAGUUCUACAGAGGCUACUAUGCGUUGACGAUGCCAGAUAAGCUCGUAAACACGCCCGACGAUCACAGCGAAGAUUGGGAUGUGGAGUACUAUCCGCCCGAGGACAACCUUCUCAACUACCACAUGCAUCUGCAGUUGGGCCCCUGGCAGCGACUGAUUAGUGCCAAUGAUGAAACGAGACAAAAAGCCAAAGCUAAAGGUGGUUUCAGGCUGUAUUCAACAGAUGAGGAUUGCAAACGCCGAGAAGGACCUCCUCCUCAGCCAAAGUUUCCUAAAACAUCAGUAAUUCCUGGUUGCGAGAGUGACUAG